CCCUCCUCUCUUUGGAUCAGCCACCGGUCUGGACUUUUGAAGCUAGCUCAGGAGUUUAAUCAGAAAUGCUUGAAUAACUCUCUUGUAUUUUUCGUUAGGCUCGCGCUAAUAGGAACAAAUUUGAAGAUGCAAGAAGUGAAAAAAAAUAACACUUCAGAAGCCUGUGAAUCACAAGAUGUUCUAAGAAGAGGAUAUUUGAUUGUUACCACGCCUGCCCUGUCCCGGGGCAAUGCAUCCCCAACUCUUCUCCAUCCGCAGACAAUCUCUACAUGAAUGAAAGUAUAUGAUCGAGCGCAGUGGGAGAGGAUAAAGGGGAUACUACUGAAGCAUGAAAAGAACAAAACGGCAGAUGCUCCUAAAAAGGGCUUUUGAGAUCGAAGAUGUUGAAGCCGUGAUUACACAAUAGACCCUACUUGUUCUUUGACAGGCUUCUUAUACUUUUACCCAUUAUAUUCUUUGUAUAACUCCACGCGGGAGAUUUGUACUGGUUUACGCCCAUUCAUCGCCACCCCUGCAGACUCCCACGGGCGGAGCCUUUGACAUGCUCCGUGCAACACCUUGAAGUAGCCCUACCAUGUGCCCACCGGUUUUGUUUUAUUACCCCUACCUUCAAGAUGGAUUCUUAAUAAACUAUGAUAUUUCUUCAGCUUUCUAACCAUGGCGUACUAUUUGGAUGGUUAUAAAGGGAUGAUAUAAGUUUUAUUCAGAGUGCAGUCAUAUAUUCAAGGAUAUUACUUUUAAGAGGAGGAGGAGGGAACUAAGAAGGGAUGAACCCCCCGGUGCUUUGGGUCAGAUGGGGGUUAGUCAUACCCCUUCUGAUGGUUCUCCUGGUAUCUGAUGUCCAUGCUCAAGGAGACGGUCCAUCUCCCUGCCUGAGCAACCCGUGUCAGAAUGACGCUAUUUGCUUUCCUUGGAUCGAUGGUACAUCUUACGUGUGUAUCUGCCCGCCUGGUUAUACAGGAGGUGACUGUGAAACAGAUAUCGAUGAAUGUGCCAGCGACCCGUGCCUCAACGAUGGAACAUGCAUUGAUUUCCCCAAUUUCUACCUUUGCUUAUGCCCGGCUGGGUACACUGGGCCUCGGUGUGAGAUAGAUGUGAGGCCUUGCAUCAGUGACCCAUGCCAGAAUGGAGCCACCUGUUCUGAAGACCUGACUGAUCUAUCAUUUGAAUGCAUAUGUCCUCUUGGGUAUACUGGCACCACUUGUGAAACAGAUGUCAAUGAGUGUGCUAGCGCCCCCUGUCAGAAUGGAGGCCAGUGUGUUGAUGAAGUUGAUGGGUUCAGAUGUGAGUGCACUACAGGAUGGUCUGGCGAUCUCUGUGACACAGAUAUCAACGAGUGCUCUACUGCUCCAUGUUUAAAUGGAGGGACUUGUAUGAAUACCAAUGGAUCUUAUGAGUGUCAGUGUGAAAGAGGUUGGACGGGCAUGAACUGCGAAACCGCCUGGGAUGUUUGUCAACUUAUACCUUGUCUGAAUGGGGGUACGUGUGUGGAUUUCCAGACAUUUGCUGUCUGUCUCUGUCCCACAGGCUAUAGUGGUGUCAUAUGCCAAAUUGUUCCUUCAACUACACCUCCAACUCCUUCAUUGACAACAACUCAACCACCAUCUACCACUUCACAGCCUUUAACUACCACUCAACCACCUGCUACCACUCUACAGUCAGCAACUACCACUCUGCCAACAGCAACCACUGCACAGCCAGCAACUACCACUCAGCAUCCAGCUACCACUACACAGCCAACAACUACCUCUGAACCACAAUCAACCACAGUGCGGCAAGGAACCACUAGUCAACUACCAAUUAUCACCACACAGUUCCGGGAUUCUACCACACAACCACUUUCUACCACUCAACCAUCUGGUACCCCUACAAAACAUGGUACUACCUCUCAACCACCAAGUACUACUGCAGAAUUUCUCGGUACAACAUUUCAAAGUAGGACAGCCAUUACAAGUGAUGGUUCCCAAGGGGCAACAACUAUUGCUAAUCAGUCAACCAUAUCUCCAAGUACAGAGCAACAACAGGUACUAACAACUAUAAGAGCAAUGUUGUCAACAACUGGAGCUUUAGGGUACACAACAGAUUUCUCAAAAGUUACCACCCAGUUUAUACCAGUCUUUACCACAUUAGAUGAUGCAGAAAUGUCAUCAUUUGCUGGGACUGGUGACUAUAGCACUGUUGCUGCAGUGACUUCUCUUGCAGCCGGAAGAACUACUGAAGCUGUCAUAGGUACAACAUAUGUAGGGAGACCAACCACUCAAGAAGCUGACAGCACUACAAUCUCUGAAGAAAGGAGUACUGUGAUAGAACAGACCACUUCCGGGGUGACUAAUGCACCGGAAGAAAGGAGUACUGUAAUAGAGCAGACCACUUCUAAGGCAACUACUGCACCAGAAGAAAGGAGUACUGUGAGAGAACAGACCACUUCUAAGGCAACUACUGCACCUGAAGAAAGGAGUACUGUGAUAGAGCAGACCACUUCUAAGGCAACUACUGCACCUGAAGAAAGGAGUACUGUGAGAGAACAGACCACUUCCGGGGUGACUACUGCACCUGAAGAAAGGAGUACUGUGAUAGAGCAGACCACGUCUAAGGCAACUACUGCAGCUGAAGAAAGGAGUACUGUGAGAGAACAGACCACUUCUAGGGUGACAACUUUACCUGUAAAAAGGAGUACUGUGAUAGAGCAGACCACUUCUAAGGCAACUACUGCAGCUGAAGAAAGGAGUACUGUGAUAGAGCAGACCACUUCUAGGGUGACAACUUUACCUGUAGAAAGGAGUACUGUAAUGGAACAGACCACUUCUAAGGCAACUACUGCACCUGAAGAAAGGAGUACUGUGAGAGAACAGACCACUUCUAGGGUGACUACUGCACCUGAAGAAAGGAGUACUGUGAUAGAGCAGACCACUUCUAAGGCAACUACUGCACCUGAAGAAAGGAGUACUGUGAUAGAGCAGACCACUUCUAAGGCAACUACUGCACCUGAAGAAAGGAGUACUGUAAGAAAACAGACCACUUCCGGGGUGACUAAUGCACCGGAAGAAAGGAGUACUGAAAUUGAGCAAACCACUUCUAGGGUGACAACUGCACCUGAAGAAAGGAGUACUGUGAUAGAGCAGACCACUUCUAAGGCAACUACUGCACCUGAAGAAAGGAGUACUGUAAGAGAACAGACCACUUCCGGGGUGACUAAUGCACCGGAAGAAAGGAGUACUGUAAUAGAGCAGACCACUUCUAGGGCAACAACUGCAUCUGAAGAAAAGAGUACUGUAAUAGAACAGAUUACUUCCAGGGUGACAACUGCACCUGAAGAAAGGAGUACUGUAAUCGAGCAGACCACUUCUAGGGUGACAACUUUACCUGUAGAAAGGAGUACUCUAAUUGAGCAGACCACUUCUAGAUUGACUACUGCAGCUGAAGAGAGGAGUACUGAAAUUGAGCAGACCACUUCUAGGGCAACAACUGCAUCUGAAGAAAAGAGUACUGUAAUAGAACAGACCACUUCCAGGGUGACUAAUGCACCGGAAGAAAGGAGUACUGUAAUUGAGCAGACCACUUCUAGGGUGACUACUGCACCUGAAGAAAGGAGUACUGUAAUUGAGCAGACCACUUCUAGAUUGACUACUGCACCUGAAGAGAGGAGUACUGAAAUUGAGCAGACCACUUCUAGGGCAACAACUGCAUCUGAAGAAAGGAGUACUGUAAUAGAGCAGACCACUUCCGGGAUGACUACUGCACCUGAAGAAAGGAGUAGUCUAAUUGAGCAGACCACUUCUAGGGUGACUACUGCACCUGAAGAAAUGAGUACUGAAAUUGAGCAAACCACUUCUAGGGUGACUACUGCACCUGAAGAAAGGAGUACUGAAAUUGAGCAGACCACUUCUAGGGUGACUACUGCACCUGAAGAAAGGAGUACUGAAAUUGAGCAGACCACUUCUAGGGUGACUACUGCACCUGAAGAAAGGAGUACUGUAAUUGAACAGACCACUUCUAGGGUGACUACUGCACCUGAAGAAAGGAGUACUGAAAUUGAGCAGACCACUUCUAGGGUGACUACUGCACCUGAAGAAAGGAGUACUGUAAUAGAGCAGACCACUUCUAAGGCAACUACUGCACCUGAAAAAAGGAGUACUGUAAUUGAGCAGACCACUUCUAGGGUGACAACUUUACCUAAAGAAAGGAGUACUCUAAUUGUGCAGACCACUUCUAGAUUGACUACUGCACCUGAACAAAGGAGCACUGAAAUUGAGCAGACCACUUCUAGGGUGACUACUGCACUUGAAGAAAAGAGUACUAUAAUAGAACAGACAACUUCCAUGGUGACUACUGCACCAGAAGAAAGGAGUACUGAAAUUGAGCAAACUGCUUCAAGGGUGACGUCUUUACCCGAAGAAAGGAGUACUGUAAUCGAGCAGACCAUUUCUAAGACGACUUCUGCACCUGAAGAAGGAAGUACUGAAAUUGAGGAGACUACUUCUAGGAUGACUACUGUACCUGUGGAAAGGAGCACUGUAAUAGAGCAAACCACUUCUAGGGCAACUACAGAAUCUCCAAAAUUUACAGGGACUCCUGAUGUUGAAACUGGAGGAACAGAAGCUACUACAGCAUCAGUUAGUGAUCAGACUACUUCAGGGACAACUAUUCUACAUGGACAAGGAAGUACAGUGAUUAUACAUACUACAGAAUUCCAAGAAAUAUCAACUGAAUUUACAAAGACAACUGAUGAUGAAACAGUUGAAGCCACUGAAGCAGCUGGAACCACAGCUUUUGAUGAAUUAACAACAGAAUCCCCAGAAGUGACAUCUUCUAUAAGGACAGUUGACGUUGAAACUGCAGAAGCCACUAAACCAGAUAGAACAACUGGUCUUGCUGACAUAACUGAAUUUACAAGGACAACUGAAUUGUCAGGAUCAACUGAUGUUGAAACAGAAGAAGCUACUGAACCAGCCAGAACAACAGGUUCCAUUGAGGUAACAACAGAAUCUCCGGAAGUUACAACUAGUGUUAGGACUGGAGAAGCUACUGAGGCUGUCAGAACAACAGGUUUUAUUGAAGUAACAACAGACUCACCAGAAAUAAUAACUAAUGUUGAAACAGAAGAAACUACCAAGCUUGCUAGAACAACAGGUUCUGUUGAAUUUACAACAAAAUCUAAAGAAAUGACAACAAGAGUUGAAACUGAAGAAGCCACUGAAGCUACUGAAUAUGCUAGAACAACAGGUUUUGUUGAUGUAACAUCUGAACUCCCAGAUAUGGCAACUGCCUUGACAGGAGCAACUGAUGCUGACACUGUAGAAACUACUGAACCAGCUAGAACAGGUUCCACUGAGGUAACAACAGAAGCUCAAGAAUAUUCAACUGGUGUCAAAUCUGAAAAAGCUACUGAGCCUACAAGAACAAUGGGUUUUGUCAAGGUAACAACAGAAUCUCUAGAAAUCACAACUGGUGUUGAAACUGAAGAAGCUACCGAGCCUGUAAGAACAACAGGGUCUUUUGAGCUAACAACUAAAUUUCCACAAAUUACAACUGCAAUUGAAACUGAAGAAGUUACUGAGGCUGUCAGAACAACAAGUUUUGUUGAAAUAACCACAGACUCCCCCAAAGUGUCAACUGUUGAAAUUACACCUAGUAUUGGAACUGAAGAAGCUACUGAACGAGCUAGAACAACAGGUUCUGUUGAGUUUACGACAGACUCCCUGCAAAUGACAACUGAAUUUUCAGAAACAACUGAUAUUGAAACUGAAGAAGUUACUGAACCAGCCACAACAGGUUUUGAUGAAGUAACAACAGGUUUUGAUGAAUUAACAACAGAAUCUCCAGAAGUUACAACUGUAGUUGAAACAGAAAAAGCUACUGAAGUAGCUAGAACAACAGGUUUUGAUGAAUUUACAACAGACUCCCUGCAAAUGACAACUGAAUUUUCAGGAACAACUGAUAUUGAAACUGAAGAAGUUACUGAACCAGCCACAACAGGUUUUGAUGAGGUAACAACAGAAUCUCCAGAAGUUACAACUGCAGUUGAAACAGAAAAAGCUACUGAAGUAGCUAGAACAACAGGUUUUGAUGAAUUUACAACAGACUCCCUGCAAAUGACAACUGAAUUUUCAGGAACAACUGAUAUUAAAACUAUAGAAGGAACUAAAUCAGCCACAACAGGUUUUGAUGAGGUAACAACAGAAUCUUCAGAAGUUACAACAAAUGUUGAAACAGAAAAAGCUACUGGAGCAGCUAGAACAACAGGUUUUGAUGAAUUAACCGACUCCCCACAAAUGACAACUGAGUUUUCUGGAACAACUGAUAUUGAAACUGAAGAAAUAACUGAACCAGCCACAACAGGUUUUGAUGAAAUAACAACAGAAUCUCCAGAAGUUACAACUGUAGUUGAAACAGAAGAAGCUACUAAAGCAGCUAGAACAACAGGUUUUGAUGAAAUAACAACAGACUCCCUACAAAUGACAACUGAGUUUUCAGGAACAACCGAUAUUGAAACUGAAGAAUUAACUGAAAUAGCCACAACAGGUUUUGAUGAAAUAACGACAAAAUAUCCAGAAGUUACAACAAAUGUUGAAACAGAAGAAGCUACUGGAGCAGCUAGAACAACGGGUUUUGAUGAAUUAACUGACUCCCCACAAAUGACAACUGAGUUUUCAGGAACAACUGAUAUUGAAACUGAAGAAGUAACUGAACCAGUCACAACAGGUUUUGAUGAAAUAACAACAGAAUCUUCAGAAGCUACAACUGCAUUUGAAACAGAAGAAGCUACUGAAGCAGCUAUUACAACAGGGUUUUUUGAAUUAACAACAGACUCCCCACAAAUGACAACUGAGUUUUCAGGAACAACUGAUAAUGAAACUGAAGAAGUAACUGAACCAGCCACAACAGGUUUUGAUGAAAUAACGACAGAAUCUCCAGAAGCUACAACUGCAGUUGAAACAGAAGAAGCUACUGAAGCAGCUAUAACAACAGGUUUUGAUGAAUUAACGACAGACUCCCCACAAAUGACAACUGAGUUUUCAGGAACAACUGAUAUUGAAACUGAAGAAGUAACUGAACCAGCCACAACAGGUUUUGAUGAGGAAACAACAGGUUUUGAUGAAGUAACAACAGAAUCUCCAGAAGUUACAACUGCAGUUGAAACAGAAGAAGCUACUAAAGCAGCUAGAACAACAGGUUUUGAUGAAUUAACAACAGAAUCGCAAGACAUUACAACUGCAGUUGAAACUGAAGAAGCUACUGGGACUGUCAGAACAACAGAUUUUGAUGAAUUAACAACAGACUCCCCGCAAAUGACAACUGAGAUUUCAGGAACAACUGAUGUUGAAACUGAAGAGGUUACUGAACUAUCCACAACAAGUUUUGAUGAAGUAACAACAGGUUUUAAUGAGGUAACAACAGAAUCUCCAGACGUUACAACUGCAGUUGAAACAGAAGAAGCUACUGAAGCAGCUAGAACAACAGGUUUUGAUAAAUUAACAACACACUCCCUGCAAAUGACAUCUGAGUUUUCAGGAACAACCGAUAUUAAAACUGAAGAAGUAACUCAACCAGCCACAACAGGUUUUGAUGAGGUAACAACAGAAUCUCCAGAAGUUUCAACAAAUGUUGAAACAGAAGUAGCUACUGAAGCAGCUAGAACAACAGGUUUUGAUGAAUUUACAACAGGCUCCCGACAAAUGACAUCUGAGUUUUCAGGAACAACCGAUAUUGAAACUGAAGAAGUAACUGAACCAGCCACAACAGGUUUUGAUGAGGAAACAACAGGUUAUGAUGAAGUAACGACAGAAUCUCAAGACAUUACAACUGCAGUUGAAACUGAAGAAGCUACUGAGACUGUCAGAACAACAGAUUUUGAUGAAUUAACAACAGAAUUUCAAGACAUUGCAACUUCAGUUGAAACUGAAGAAACUACUGAGACUGUCAGAACAACAGAUUUUGAUGAAUUAACAACAGACUCCCUGCAAAUGACAACUGAGAUUUCAGGAACAACUGAUAUUGAAACUGAACUAGCCACAACAGGUUUUGAUGAAGUAACAACAGGUUUUGAUGAGGUAACAACAGAAUCUCCAGAAGUUACAACUGCAGUUGAAACAGAAGAAGCUACUGAAGCAGCUAGAACAACAGGUUUUGAUGAAUUUACAACAGACUCCGCACAAAUGACAUCUGAGUUUUCAGGAACAACCGAUAUUGAAACUGAAGAAGUAACUGAACCAGCCACAACAGGUUUUGAUGAGGAAACAACAGGUUUUGAUGAAGUAACAACAGAGUCUCAAGACAUUACAACUGCAGUUGAAACUGAAGAAGCUACUGAGACUGUCAGAACAACAGAUUUUGAUGAAGUAACAACAGAAUUUCAAGACAUUGCAACUUCAGUUGAAACUGAAGAAGCUACUGAGACUGUCAGAACAACAGAUUUUGAUGAAUUAACAACAUACUCCAUGCAAAUGACAACUGAGAUUUCAGGAACAACUGAUGUUGAAACUGAACUAGCCACAACAGGUUUUGAUGAAGUAACAACAGGUUUUGAUGAGGUAACAACAGAAUCUCCAGAAGUUACAACUGCAGUUGAAACAGAAGAAGCUACUGAAGCAGCUAGAACAACAGGUUUUGAUGAAUUUACAACAGACUCCCGACAAAUGACAUCUGAGUUUUCAGGAACAACCAAUAUUAAAACUGAAGAAGUAACUCAACCAGCCACAACAGGUUUUGAUGAGGUAACAACAGAAUCUCCAGAAGUUACAACUGGAGUUGAAACAGAAGAAGCUACUGAAGCAGCUAGAACAACAGGUUUUGAUGAAUUUACAACAGGCUCCCGACAAAUGACAUCUGAGUUUUCAGGAACAACCGAUAUUGAAACUGAAGAAGUAACUGAACCAGCCACAACAGGUUUUGAUGAGGUAACAACAGAAUCUCCAGAAGUUACAACUGCAGUUGAAACAGAAGAAGCUACUGAAGCAGCUAGAACAACAGGUUUUGAUGAAUUUACAACAGACUCCCGACAAAUGACAUCUGAGUUUUCAGGAACAACCAAUAUUAAAACUGAAGAAGUAACUCAACCAGCCACAACAGGUUUUGAUGAGGUAACAACAGAAUCUCCAGAAGUUACAACUGGAGUUGAAACAGAAGAAGCUACUGAAGCAGCUAGAACAACAGGUUUUGAUGAAUUUACAACAGGCUCCCGACAAAUGACAUCUGAGUUUUCAGGAACAACCGAUAUUGAAACUGAAGAAGUAACUGAACCAGCCACAACAGGUUUUGAUGAGGUAACAACAGAAUCUCCAGAAGUUACAACUGGAGUUGAAACAGAAGAAGCUACUGAAGCAGCUAGAACAACAGGUUUUGAUGAAUUUACAACAGGCUCCCGACAAAUGACAUCUGAGUUUUCAGGAACAACCGAUAUUGAAACUGAAGAAGUAACUGAACCAGCCACAACAGGUUUUGAUGAGGUAACAACAGAAUCUCCAGAAGUUACAACUGGAGUUGAAACAGAAGAAGCUACUGAAGCAGCUAGAACAACAGGUUUUGAUGAAUUUACAACAGGCUCCCGACAAAUGACAUCUGAGUUUUCAGGAACAACCGAUAUUGAAACUGAAGAAGUAACUGAACCAGCCACAACAGGUUUUGAUGAGGUAACAACAGAAUCUCCAGAAGUUACAAAUGUUGAAACAGAAGAAGCAACUGAACCUUCUAGAACAACAGGUUAUGUUGAGGUAACAACAAUGUCUCCAGAAGUGACAAGUGAUUUUAAAACUGAAUCUGCUAAAACAACUGGUUUUGAUGAGAUAACAACAUCAACCACAGAAUUAAGUGGAACAACAGAUUUUGAUGAAAUGACAAAAACCCAAGAAUUGACAAGGAAAGUAACAGAUGAUGUCACAGAAACACCAAGGACCACUUCCUUUGUCACUGUAACAUCAGAGUCGGCAGCAUCUACCCCUUUUGAGGAAGUUACAUCACAAUUCCGUUAUUCAACGGAAGUUACUGCGACAGUAAGAUCCACUACUUUUGUUGAUAGAGUAAUCACAAAAUCUGAACAAAUGACAGGAUUUACAGAGACAGCUGGUAUUACUGCCACAAAAGAUGUUACUGAAAUUAUGACAACUGUUGAGACAGAGCUGACAAAAGUAAGUUCUUCCUCUGAGGGGCCUGCACCAUCUACAGAUGUGACUGUUGAUCCCACAAUAACAGUUGUUUUUACUGAAGAACCUUUAACCAUCACUCAAGAUGAAAAUGUCACGACAGAGAAGUUACUUACUACAAUACAGAUAAUCUCUUCAUCUGACGGGCCCCAAAGAUCUACAAGUGCUCCUGUAGCUACCACUGGAGGUGCAGUUUCCUCUACUGAAUCUUUGAGCACCCCUGGAUUAGAAAAUACUACCACUGAGAAAAUUGGGACUACACUGAUAAACUCUGCAACUGAUAGAUCAGGGGGAUCGUCAGAACCUCCUGUAGCUUCCACAGAAACUGCUUCAACAAGUCAAACAAAUACUGUAACUGAGGAACCAGUUGAAUCUACAGUAGCUUCUGUAUCUUUUACCGGGGAAGUUUAUGGAACCACCCAGGGAGAAAUAGUUACUUCAAGGCAAACAACUCUUUCAACUGAGGAACAAGCAGAUACUUCUACAGAAAUGCCUUCAUCUGGGGAACCAGCUAGAACUACUGUGCUGUUUGUAGCUUCUACCAUGGAACUAGAACGUACAACCAGAAGUGAAAAUACUACAACCAUAGAGACACUUUCAAGUAGGCAGACAGCCCCUGCCACUGAGGAAUUAACAGUAUCUACACAAGCUCUUUCAUCUGAGGGAUCAGUUAAGUCUACACUUGUUACAGCAGGUUCUACACAACCUGUGUCCUCGACACAGGAAACGGAAGGAAUCACCCAAGGUACAAAUACUACCAAAGAGACAGUUUCAACUAGACAAACAGUCCGCGCCACUGAGGAACCAGUAGGUUCUACAGACACUCCAUCAUCCGAGGGACCAAUUAGAUCUACAAUUGUUAUUCCAUCUUCUACACACAGUGGGGCCUCUAGUCAGCAACCAGAAAUGACCACUGGAGGUCAAAGAGGUACAACAGAAGAUAAAGUUUCCUCUAGAAUUCCUUCCACCCAGAGCACCUUGGGCUCCACAGAUUCUCCCAAGGCUACUUCAAGAAUUAUUGCUUCUACAGCAGAAGAUAAAAGCACAACUCAUACUUCUACGAAUGCUCCACUAUCUGAGGGACCAGUAGGUUCUACGGACGUUCCAUCAUCUGAGGAACCAAUUAGAUCUACAAUUGUUACUCCAGCUUCUACACACAGUGGGGCCUCUAGUCAGCAACCAGAAAUGACCACUGUAGGUCAAAGAAUUACAACAGAAGAUAAAGUUUCCUCUAGAAUUCCUUCCACCCAGAGCACCUUGGGCUCCACAGAUUCUCCUAAGGCUACUUCAAGAGUUAUUGCUUCUACAGCAGAAGAUAAAGGCACAACUCAAACUUCCACGAAUGCUCCACCAUCUGAGGGACCAGUAGGUUCUACGAACAUUCCAUCAUCUGGGGAACCAAAUAAAUCUACAAUUGUUACUACUGCUUCGACUGAACGCAAGGCCUCUACUCAACAGCCUGUUGGAACCACCAGAGGUGAAAGAGUUACCACAGAAGCAACAGGUUCCACAGAUACUCCUAACGCUACUUCAAUAUUUAUUGCUACUACAAGAGAAGAUAGAGACACAACUCAAGCUGAGACUGUAAGUACCAAGGAAAUGGUUACAACGAGACAAACAAAACCAGCAACCGACAGUCCAUCACGCUCAACACCACCUGCAGUGACCAGUGGACCAUUGACAGCUUCUCCUUCCGUCCCCACUUCAGAUAUGAUGAAUAUGACCAAUGCAACAACUCCAUCAUCUGCACCAUAUAAUGAAAUAGUAACAGGGACUGCUACACUUCUAGAAUUGAAUGGAGCUGAAGCUUUUGUAUCAGGGCCGCUUCAAGAUCCUACGAGUCCCAUCUUCCUCAACUUUCAAGCUUCACUUUGUAAUGCCCUAUUAGAAUAUUUUCAAGACUUAUCUAUCAGUACAGACGGGAUUGAAUGCAGCGUGACUAACCUCGUCAGUGGUAGUAUCAUUGCAUCCGUAGAGUUUAAUGUGACAGCUUUCAGUCAACAGGGGGCGCUGGUCACUGCAGAGAGUAUCUACAAUUCCCAGUUUAUGACUGAAACGUUCCUGAUUGAUUCGCGCAGCAGGAAUGUCUAUACAUUUGAAAGCUUUAUUGUGAAUGGUAUUGAUGUAUGUGGGCUGGAAGCACCCUGUCUGAAUGGAGCAACUUGUAGUGGAUCUGGCUACAAUUCAUUUACUUGCUCGUGUCCAGAUGGAUGGACCGGUGAUACUUGUGCAGAUGAAUUCCUCAUCAUACUGGAAAUCACAGACACGACCGACACCACAGUUUCCAUAGCAUGGGACUUCCUUGAGGACGAUGACCUUGUGGCCUUCGUCUUUGAGUAUAGGAAGUCUGGAGAGGACGAUUGGGCGUUGACAGUUCUGGUCAGUAGUGCCAUCAGAGAGUUCACAAUCACCGAUCUCGACCCAAGCACGCUCUACUUUGUCCGGCUUUUGGGCUUUUUCACCGGGGAAACCAAAGUGAUCUCAACGCAGAAGGCGGUUAUCACAUUGGAAUCGGCUGAGCCAGAUACUGGUGGAUCUUUACAACCUCAGGGAUUGUCGAAUGCUGUUCUUAUUUGGAUCCUUGUGUUUGUCGCCCUCGUUGCUUUUGUUCUUUUCAUCUUUGUUGUGGUGAUGGUUUAUCGUCGACGUAAAGACUCGGUAACGCUCCCGUUCAGGGACUCUAAGGGGCGAUUUGCAGUCGGAGUAAGAGAUAAUGUGGCGUAUGACUUUGAGAUCCAGGGUGGACCGCCUUCACCUCCAUCUGUCUCCGCCAUGGCUCUAGGAUCUGAUAGGAGUACGCAGGGGCCGGCUUUCUGGGAGAUACCAAGGGAGAGGCUGGUUGUAGGAAAUAGCAAGCAGUAUGGACGGUUUGGAGAGGUCUACUUUGGCAAGGUUUUCAUCGGAAAUCAAAGCCUGGCUGUUGAUGUCAAGAAACAAAGAGAAAACACCCCGCUAGACAAGAAGAAGAUGCUAUCUGAGCUUGCAGUUCUUAGUCGAGUUGGUCGUCAUGCCAACGUUCUUAAUCUCAUCGGGGCUUGUUCUAAAUCAUCAGGUCCAGUGUAUCUCGCCUAUGAGAGUAUGGAACCGGUCAGACUGGACGUUUACCUUAGGACCAUCCAGGAUGCCCACAAGCCGGUCACCAUGUAUGUACCGGACUUCAACAUCACCACACCCCUCAUGCCCCUGCUCAUGAGAUUUGCUGUGGAUAUUGCAUCCGGCCUCUCCCACCUUGCCUCUAAGAAGAUCGUGGAGCACAGUCUAGGGGUGAGGAAUAUUGCGCUGACUGUUGAUCUCGUUGCCAAGGUAACCGACUUUACCAUCAGAGAUGACACCCAGAGUAACGGGCGAGCGGUGAAUGGAAAUGUGCAAUCAUCAUUCCCCCCCACUGCAAGCCACAAUGGAUGGCUUAUGAGACAUUAGUGUUUAGCACAUGUACAGAGCAAAGCAAUGUAUGGUCUCUUGGUGUCAUAAUCUGGGAAAUCAUGUCAUUUGGUCGGGAACCAUUCGAUGGCUACCACGUAGAUGAACUGAGUAAAAAACUAAC